GAGUUCUCCCAAAGUUCUCCUCAGUAUGCAUAAGCGUGUGCAAACUCAAUUGUGCAAACACAGUAAAGUUUACUGUGUAAACAUCUUUUAUUUCUUAACUACAACCUUUAAAGCGUUAAUCGUAGAAUUUUAAUUUGUCUCCAUUUAAAAAUUAUACGAUAAUUUUUUCAAAUUAUGCAAUGGCUACGUUCUUUGUUUCGUUCUUCCCGUCGUCUUGUUGGUACAGAUCUUGAUGGUAACAAAUACUACGAGAUGAUUCAAGGUGGUAGUGGUAAAAAAAGACGAGAAGUGGUAAUGAAACUAAAACACGAAGAAUAUAAGGCUGGUGUGAUUCCAGUUGAAUGGGAAGCUUGGUUAAGAGGAUCAGUGGAUAAACCACCCUCACUUGAGGAUCUUGUUAAGAAGCAACAGCAACAAAUUGUGCUUUCAAAAAAAGUAAUUGAAUUAAAUCGUCGUGAUAUGAAGCUUCAAGAGGAAGAGUAUGCAGCUGGCCUCGUUGCUAAGCCUGUAGGUCAUGCUUCUGCGACAACUUAUGGAAAUGUUGAGUCUUCAAAAGGACCCAGAACUUCAGGUGGUCAGUUUCAACCUGGAGUAUGGGGAAAACAAUUGGAUCAACAAAAGAAAAAUGAUACAGGAAAAUACGAACCAGAGUCUUGGAAACCAUCGUAAUUUUUGCUUCUUUACUAAGCCGAAUCGUGAGUGCGUGUAAAUAUAAUCCUACAAAUGAGAAAUGCUUAUAUCAUUCUCUGUUUGCUUGUGUUGGUAAAACAUUCCAGCUUUAUGCUUGCUUUCAUGCAUUUUAGCUUUACUGCAAGUAUUUUUUGUUGUUUUUUAACGUAUUUAUGUUCUCUGACAAGAGAAUAUCAACUGAUAUAACUAUAUUAGUUCAUUUAGUGUGAUAAGAGAUUCGUUACUAGUGAAAGCUGACGGUGGACGACGUCGAAAUUACGUCAUUUUUAUAGAUUUAUAGUAUCCAUUUCGCCAAUAUAAAACUAUGUAUAAGCACGCCAAUUUUCUUCCUCCUGUAUUCAAAAAGAUUUUGAUGCCAGAUUUUGGGGAUCAUCAAACUUAAAUGACAGAUUAUAAAUAUAAUAAAAUCGA